AUGUGUGUAUUAUUAGCAGCACCAAAAAGACACAAGCAUGAAGAGCAGGACAUAGGCAACACUGAUGAAGGGACCACGAUAGGCAAGAAGGCAAGGUGGAUUGGAGAUAUGAGAGGACAUGGGAGGGUGCACUGGAGGGUGCAUUGGGAGUAUGAGAGGACACGAGAGGGUGCACUGGAGGGUGCAUUGGAGGUACAAGAGGAUGCGAGAGGAUGUGCCAUGAUACAAGAGGAUGCAUCUGAGGAUGCAACGGAUGUACAAGAGUGUGGAGGCACGAUGGGCGGUAGUGAUAGUACAGUAGAUAGCAGUGGGUGUGGCAUCGGAAUAGCGUCUGGAAGGAUUGACAGCAUUGGAGGUAUCCUGAAGGCCUACAUGGGAGUGGCCCUGGAGGCUCGUAAGGAGGUGCUGGAGGCCUGCGAGGGAAUGCGAGAGCAUGUACUAUUAUUAGAUGGCGGGAGGCGGCUGAGUGCAGUACAUACCGCUUUUAUUGCAGGAUCAUCACGCGAGCGCAAACGGAAGGCAGACAACCACCCUACUACAACAGGAAGUUCAGAAGGUGUUAAUGGACCUGGCAAGCGCACAAACAAGCCAUGA